UAGCAGCACCAACAUGUACGCCAAGCUGAUCGUCGCUCUCUGCGCCCUGGGCGUUGCCAACGCCGGUGGUCUCCUCGGAGCCGCUCCCUUGGCUUACAGCGGCCACGCAUACGCCGCCCCGGCCGUCGCGACCUACGCCGCCGCCCCGGCGGUCGUCACCAAGACCAUCUCCCCGGCUGUGUCUUCCUACUCAUCCUAUUCGACCCACACCGCUCACGGCUCUCCCGUCGCCUACGCCGCCCCCGCUGCGUACGCCGCUCCCGCCGUCGCCACAUACGCCGCUGCUCCCGCGGUUGUGACUAAGACCAUCACCCCCGCCGUGUCUUCCUACUCCGCGUACUCGACCCAGACCGCUCAUGGCUCUCCCGUGGCCACCUACGCCGCUGCCCCUGUUGUGGCUAAGGCUAUCGCUCCCGUCGCCUACGCCGCUCCCGCCGUGGUUGCCAAGACCUACGCCGCUCCCGCCGUCGCGACCUACGCUGCUGCCCCCGCGGUUGUAACCAAGACCAUCUCCCCCGCCGUGUCUUCCUACUCUGCCUACUCCACCCACACCGCGCACGGCUCUCCCGUCGCCACCUACGCCGCUGCCCCCGUUGUGGCUAAGGCUAUCGCUCCCGUCGCCUACGCCGCUCCCGCCGUGGUUGCCAAGACCUACGCUGCUCCUGCUGUGUCUUCCUACUCUUCGUACUCGACCCACACUGCCCACGGAUCCCCCGCCGUAGCCUACAGCGCCCCCAUCGUCGCUAAGACCUACGCCGCUCCCGCUGUGGCGGCUUACGCUGCUGCCCCCGCCGUGGCCUACAGCGCCCCUGUGGUCGCUAAGACCUACGCCGCCCCCGCCGUCGCAACUUACGCGGCCGCCGCCCCCAUCCUGAAAUCCGCUGUGGCGUACUCCGCCGCCCCCGCUGUGUCUCACCUGUCCUACAGCGGACACGGUGCUAACUAUGGUUGGUAACUGAAUCCUCGAAUAAUUUAUUGUAAAUAGACCAAUGUAAAAUAAACGACUUGCCAUACAAAAUUA